AUGAUGUAUAUUCCUCAAGAUCGUCUCUCUUGUAGAAGAGAUAGUGGUAGUAAUGAUUAUAAUACAGUUGAUCAUACCAAUCAAGGAAAUUCAUUUAAUAAUUUUGGUAGUUUACGUCGAUCGUUAAGGCAGAUGAAUCCUUUUAAAAGUAAACUAUUCAGGUUACCCGCAACACCAAGGUUAUCAAGAAAAAAUAAAGAUUCUAGUGGUGUUGAAACAACAGGAUGGAAUUUUGAAAGACCUUCAUCUGUAACUUCAUUAAGAGAAUCUAUUUCUAAUUUAGAUAACAAUAUUUCAUCACAAAAUCUUUCAACUAAUAAUUAUCAUAAUUCUCCAUCAUUAAUGAUUAGAAAAACAAAUGGUGAACAUAUUAAAAUAGAAUCAUUUAGAAAAUCAUCUGUUGAUAGUUCAUUUGAUACAAAAAGCACUACAUCAUCAACACUUCGAAGUUCUUCAUUUCGAGUAGGUCGAGGGUCUAUUUCAUCAACAAUUCCAAAAGACAAUAAUCCUAAUGGGCUUUUGCCACCAUCGGGAAAUAUUCAAACAUCAACUCAUAUUACUACUACUACUAAUAAUAAUAAUAAUAAUAAUAAUAAUCGCUUAAGUUAUAUUGAUAGUCUUAGAAAAGGACAAAUAAAUGAUGAGACGGAAAAACAAAAAAUAUUAAUCGAGGGUACAAGAGGAUUACAAUUAUCUCCUCCUAUUGAUAAAAGAAAUAGUUGUUAUCAAAGAUUACCAAAUAAUCAAUAUUCUUCUAAUGGUGAAGUAUAUGAUGCUCAUUGGCGAACAAAUUCAUUAACACCACAACUUGAUGUAAUUCCACAUCAAGGAAUGUCAUUUUCAGCACAAAUACCUUCACCAUGUAACUCAACAAUAUCUUUACUAGGUACUGCUUCUAAAAGUUCAAUAAAAAAUGGAAAUUUUGGUUCAUCAUCUGUUAGAUCUGCAAAAGAAGUUCCAUUUCAAAGAGCAUCUGUUUUAGGUUUUUUCAAUAGAUCUGAAGAAGGAACACAAUCAGCUAGAAAUAGUUUUAGAGGACCGACAUCUCCUACUAAUUUUAAUAACUCGUUUGAAGUAAAAAGUUAUCAAACAUCAACUAAUUCACUUCUUAAAAGUGAAUUAUCAUUCAAUAAUGAAAAUAAUUCAUAUAGGUCACCUUUGAACAUAACACAAUUAUUUACUUUGGAAGAUUUCACUGUACCGUGUGAAAUUGACACAGUUUUUGUUGGACGAGAAUGGCUUUUUAAGGAACUUUAUAGAAUGUCAGUUAUUGAAAAAACUCAAUUUUGUGUUAUUGAAGGAGCUAAUGGAUCAGGAAAAUCUGCUAUUAUCAAACAUAUUAUACUACACAGUCCUUUUUUCCUUAAAAAAACAAUCAAUGGAGAUACCGUAGAUUCUGGUAUAGUUUUAGAAUCAAAUGAAUCAUCAUUGACAUGUAUAAAUUUAAGCUCAAAAUAUUAUGAAUGGCUUCGUCAAAUUUCUAAUCGUGUUGUAGCAUAUCAUAAUUGUAGAUUAUAUUCAGCUUCAAGUUGUGCAAUACCAGAAUUUAUUUGUAAUCUUGUAGCACAAUUUGUACAAUGUAGCAAAUUUUAUCCAUUAACUGAAUUUUUAAGUAAACCUGAAAAUUCAAAUUAUCUUACAGCUGUUAGUAAUCCAAUGGAAUGUUGUAAAUAUGAUCCUGUAGAAUUGUUUAAAAAAGCUAUUGGGGAAAUAUUAUGUAAUAUGCAUGAUUUAACAAAAGAUGAACCAUCUAAUUGUUGUAUUAUAUUAAUUGAUUCAUUAGAUGAGGCAGAUUUUCAUCGUCUUGAAGAUGGUGAAUCUAUAUCAUGGUUUUUAUCACAAAUAAGAAGUUCUAUACCUUCAUGGUUACGUUUUAUUUUAACUUCAUCUAAUCAAGAUGUUAUUCAUGCUUUAAAUAUUCGAUCAGUUCAUAUAGAUGAUUCAGAAAUGGAUGAAAGAAUAUUACGUGAUUGUCGAUUACUUAUUGAAAAUUCACUAAGCAGUUAUUCAGAUUGUGAAGAAUAUGAAGGAUUUGUAGAUAAAGUUUUACAUUUUUCACAGGGAAAUAUGCUUUUUAUUCAUAUGAUUAUUGAUCUUGUAGAUAGAGAAUUAAUUAAAGUAUCUUCUCAUGUACCAAAUGAUAUUUCUCAAUUAUAUUUAAUAUAUUUUAAAAAUAUUUUUAAAUCAGAAGAAACAUUUGAAGCUGUAUCUCCAAUAUUAGCUGUUAUUAUUGCAUCAUUAAGGCCACUUAAAUUUAAUGAAUUAUUACAAAUUUUAAAUUCAAGGAAUGAGGAACCUUAUAUGACAGAGGAUAAUUUAACAGCAUUAUUAUCAUUAAUGAUACCUUUAUUAUCAAGAUUACAAAAUGGUUCUGUUAUUAUUAGUCAUCAAACAUUUAGAGAAUGGAUAAUUAAAUGUGCUAAUCAGGCAAAUUAUAUUGUUGAUGUAAGACAGGGUCAUAUUCUUCAUGCUAUGAGUUAUGUUAGAAAUUAUGAUAAAUUAUCUAUUGAUCAAAUUUUUGAAUUAGCACAUCAUUUACUUAAAGCUAAUCCUUAUAAAUAUAUGAAAAAUGGAAUUGGUGAUGAUUUACCUAAAGGAAAAGAUUGUCAAUUAGUUUGGUUACAAAUGGCUGGACAAUCAUUAAUAAAAACUUCAUUACUUUAUCAUAAAAAUAUUAUUUAUCCUAAUUCAAAAGUUUCUCGUUUACUUUUAUUAGCAGGAGCUGAUGCUAAUGUUUGUUGGUCAGAUUCACAGGAACCUAUUUUAUUUGGAUAUGCACGAACAAAUAACGUCGCAAUGAUUCAAUUGUUGCUACAAUUUGGAGCAGAAGUUGACUACAGAUGUCCUAAUACUGGAUCAACAGCUUUAAUGGAAGCUGCUAAAAAAGGUAAUAUUGAAGCAACAAAAGUACUAUUAAAAUUUGGAGCAAUAUUUUAUAAUCAAGAUGAAGAAGGGCUAUGUGCUUUAAGUCAUGCUGCUGCUGGCGGACAUAUAAAUUUAGUUAUUUUUCUUUUAGAAGAAUCAGAUAAAAUUAAUCACCAAAAUAGUAUAAAUCAGGGUAAUUUUAAUGCACCAAUUGCUUAUCUUCAAAGUAGUUCUAUAAAUAAAGCAUUUGAAAGUGCUGCAAGUUUUGGUAAAGUACAAAUAUGUAAAUAUUUAUUAGAUUUUACUGAUGCUAUAACUGAUAUGUCAACUGCUAUGUGUUCUGCUUGUACUUCUGGUCAAUCUGAAACUGUUCAAUUUUUAUUGUCUAGAGGUGCUUAUUUAUCUAUGAAUCAAUAUUGGAAUGGAAAAUCUGCUUUAAUUUGUGCCAUAGAAAGUGGAAGUUGGGAUUUAGUUGUUAAUGUUUUAUCAACUGGUAAUAUUGAUGUAAAUACAGAUCGUUGUGAAAAUGCAUAUACACCGCUUAUUGUUGCUUCAAGAAAAGGUCAUGUUGGAUUAGUAGAUUUAUUAAUUAAUCAUGGUGCAAUUUUGGAUAUACCAGAUAAUACAGGAAAGACUGCUGUUAUUCAUUCUAUAAUUUGUAAACAUGCUUCUACUGCUGCUUUAUUAAUAGAUCGUGGAGAGUAUAGUAGUAAAUGUUUAAUAGAUAAAUUGCUUGAUCUUGGAUUAUCUUUAGAAGAAAAAAAUAAUGAUGGAUUAAGACCUAUUGAAGUUGCAAUAAAAUAUAAAAAUAGACUUGCAAUGGAUGGAUUUUUAAGAAAAGGAGCCAGACUUCGUGCUACAACAUGGAAAUUGGCAAUAGAAAUUGAUCCAGAAAUGACAUUAAUUUUAAUAAGAAAAUUAUUAGAUGAUGCAUCAUUUUUAUUAAGAAAAAAAUUAAUAAAUGAUGCAAUGCACAGAUUUCAUUAUGCUUUAGCUAGAUGUAAUGAAUUACUUGAAAUAUUUGAAUCAUCAAAUCUUAGUAAUAAUGAACGUAAAAAUUUUUCUAAAAUUAUUCCACAAUUGAAACAUUUUAAACUUCAAAUACUUUUUGCUACAGCUCGUUUAAAUCGUAAAAAUGGUGAAUUAAUGGAAGCUAUAGAAAAUUGUAGCGAUGCAUUAACAUUAGCACAAGACAAUGAUGAUCAUCGUUGUGAACUUUAUUUACUUCGUGCUAAAUGUUUUUUUGAUGCACAAAAUGUAAGUAGAGCUCGAAGAGAUGCUGAAAUUGCCAAUGGUAUAAAACCUGGUAAUAUAGAUGUACAAACUUUGCUAAAUAUCUUAUGUAUGCCAACUGGUGACAGAAGUUAA